CCAAAAUUCUCCGAUAUUUUCUCUUGCGCUGUUACUGCGAUGUGAUGGUGGUGCUCUCGAAGAUUCGUAAUUUCGUACUUUUAUGAUUAAUUUCACCAAUUUGCUAGAGGAAAUUUUCAAACCUAAGGUAUACUAAGUCCAAUGGAUUCUUCACCAUAAGUCACGAAGAAAAACGGGGCAUAACAAAACAGUGCGUGGUAAAAAUCGAUAUCGAUCAUCCGAGCGAGCCGAACCGAGUAAACGUAGGCAAAUUAUUUUCGGGACCCCUUUAGGAAGAAUUAUGGCAACGGCAAAGGCUGCUCCCACCGUUCCGAAUGUGCCCGGUGCACGGGGAGUUGCCCGGGUGCUAGCCAAGCUGGAAUCGUCUCUGGAGUCCGGCAACUACUACGAAGCCCACCAGAUGUACAGGACCCUGUACUUCCGGUAUCUGUCCCAGCGGAAGUACGACGAGCUGCUGGAUUUGCUGUACAAGGGCGCGCUGACACUGUUGAACCACGACCAACAAACGAGCGGUACCGAUUUGGGAUUGCUGAUAGUAGAUACCCUGGAGAAGGCCGGGAAGGAAGCAGAAGACGCCGAAAAGUGGAUGCACAAGAUUGCGAUGUUGCUCAGCAAAAUCCAGCCCAAUGUGGUCGAACGGGAAACGCUUUUGGUCAAAGCAGUUAAGUGGAGUGCCACUGUGUCCAAGUCACAGGUAGGGCAUCCGUUGAUGCACAAGUUGAUAGCCCAGAUUAUGUGGAACGAUGGAAACUUGGCUCAGGCUAGACAUCACUUCCUGCUCUCGAAGGAUGGCAGCGGCUGCGGACACAUGCUGAUUCAGUUGAGCCAGACCAAAGGAUUCCCCUCGGAGAUGGACCUCUUCGUGGCACAGGUCAUACUGCAGCAGCUCUGCCUGAAAGAAACGUCCACGGCGGCGGAAACGUUUGCCACCUACACUCGAUACCAUCCGAAGAUCGCGUGUACCGAGCCGCCAUUUAUAACGCCGCUGUUAAACUUUCUGUUCUUCCUGCUGCGGGCUAUCGAAGCCAAUCAGCGCAAGCUGGUGGUCUUUCGGACCCUAUGCGAUCUGUACAAGCCUUCGCUGGAACGGGAUCCCUCCUACGAGAAGUAUCUGCAGAAGAUCGGAAUGAUAUUCUUCGGCGCAACGCAACCGCAACGGGCACAGCAGGACAGUAUGGGCGGCAUUUUCGGGGAUCUACUAAAUCAAUUCUUCCAGGGAUUGGAUGAAGAUCUGGAAGAUGAACCAACGGCGUCCGGAAAUCGCCGGACAGCAGCAGUUGCCGGUGCUUCAUCACAGGCCGUCAAGGAAGAACUUGAUUGAGAAACGACGGCGGCGGCGGCAAUUGGGUUGGUUCAGCUCGUUUCCUUUUACGGCACACGCAGGUUGUUGGGUUGAGUUUGGGUAGGAUUGAGAAGGGGGAAAUCUUGAUUAUCGCGCCGGCGGUCGGGAUAACCGCGGAAGCAUUCAUUGUGCAUUGAACCAGAUUUUAACGUCAAAGUUUUUCGUCGAAAGUAAAUAUUAAUUAUAACUAAAUUGCAGAUAACACAAGCUAUUGUUUAUUAAGCGAACACAAACACAUACACACACACACACACAACACAAUUGGGAAACAAU